UUGGUCAUAGCAGUGAAAGUUACAGCCACGGUGGCAAUAGCAGUAGCAGUAGCAGUAGCAGUAGCAGUAGCAGUAGCAGUAGCAGUAGCAGUAGCAGUAGCAGUAGCAGUAGCAGUAGCAGUAGCAGUAGCAGUAGCAGUAGCAGUAGCAGUAGCAGUAGCAGUAGCAGUAGCAGUAGCAGUAGCAGUAGCAGUAGCAGUAGCAGUAGCAGUAGCAGUAGCAGUAGCAGUAGCAGUAGCAGUAGCAGUAGCAGUAGCAGUAGCAGUAGCAGUAGCAGUAGCAGUGGCAGUGGCAGUGGCAGUGGCGGUGGUAGUAGCGAUGGCGGUGGCGAUGGCGGUGGUGAUGGCGUUGGCGGUGACGGUGGUGAUGGCGGUGGUGAUGGUGGUGGUGAUGGCGGUGGCGGUGGCGGUGGUGAUGGCGGUGGUGAUGGUGGUGGUGAUGGCGGUGGUGAUGGUGGUGGUGAUGGGGGUGGAGGUGGCGGUCGUGAUGGUGGUGACCGUCACCUUUUGCUUCUAGCGAGAGGCUAGAAGCAAAAGGUGAUUGUAAUCGUAUGCCACAAAACUUACUUAAAUUCACUUUUUUUUUUAUUCUGCACGAUAAUGACGUUCGCUAACCAAGAUGUUUGUAAUUUAACUUAUUUAAGAAGUGGUUUUUUGGUUAAAUUGUUUUGUGUAUCCCAUGAUUUUUUUUUAUUCUUAAGAAUAUUCUCCUUUGAAACUUUUCCUAUAAUUUGUCGUGAAAACGUAAGCAAUAUUCGACUGAAUAUAUAUUUCAUUAAGGCUACGCCGAGAAAAUUGAAAAAUUUUUUUGUUUGUUAAUAAGCGAAAGAUUCGAUGCUUCUAGCGCUCCUUUGGUCACUCACACUUCUAAAUGAAAAUUAAGUCGCCACUGUUGGUUGUGUUUCUUAAUUUUCCUUCUUUCUGUUCUAUUCGUUUAGUGUAAUCUUACAUUUUUUCCAUAAUGACUCUUGGUCAAAGCAAGAUUUUAGUUUGAUAAGGCCGCUCUACAGAUAUUCCAAACGGUUACCUCAAGCGUUCUACUUAUCACUUCAUUUGCGGUUCGACCCCUUUGAGAUUUUUGCAAACUUAAACCUUUAUGUUGCGUAAUAUCAACGUAUGGGAAAAUUCUUAUUGCUUUUAUUAAAUAAAAGGUUGCACUUUCCUUUUCCUAGGUGAGGAAUAAGUUUGGUUGAGAAAGUGGAAUUAUUGCUAUUUAAACUUAGAACAAUAAAACCUUGAGCCAUUCGCGCGGUGGAAUUCCAAUGCAUCUGAUAAUCCUUUAAUCCAUCGAAAGACCUUACAAUAUGAAAGAAGAUUUUAAAACUUGGAACGUCGCAAAUUCGUUUUGUAGGCGUCAAUAAAAGUUAAAUUUUCAGUGGGAAGGGUAAUUGGAUUCCGAUAAAAUUCAGUUUUAUCGCGCGAUAAAUGGGAAACUUGUUAGGUUGUACGUGAUCGGCUGUCACGCCCGUUGUUUCAAUGGACGACAAUGGCUGCAACAGUUAAAGAGGUAUGUUUUGAAGACAAUAGUUUCUUUUAUUUCGUGAAAACAUCACUGAGUAUUCCUUUGCAAUACUUCUAUGACACACAGCUCUGUGAAUCAAUACAGUAAACCUUGAUUUUGCGAAAUCUUACAAGACACUUUCAGAGAUGGCUGUCGUUGUCUGAGAGCAAGUGUGGAUUAUCUAAUCCUUCUGACUACCAUUGCAGGUUUGUAAAUUUCUAGAUGUCACUUCUGUAUAUCCAACCCCGUUAAGAAAGUACUUUUCCAACUGUUGCAGCCAUUGUUGUCUCUUUUGGAAACAAGGUGCGUGACAGCCGAUCACAUGCGACCUUACAAGUUUCCCAUUUAUCGCGCGAUAAUUUUUCAUUUAAAAUUUCCAUUUAUCGCGCCAUAUUUUGAUUUUAUCGCGCGAUGUAUCUCAUUUAUCAUCUUUGUCAAUGAUUACUACUUCUCGUUAAGAUAAUGAUGUCAAGGGUUGCAGGUAAACUUUGCACUCUAUCAAUACCACCUGCUGUUGCAGUUGGUGAAAAUUUGAACUGGUAUGUUUCUUACCUCUGAGAAUCAUGAAUGACAGUUUUGUAGUUUUGCGAAUUCUGAUAGAGAUUUUUCAAUGAUGUAAGAUGAAGAAAAUAAUAAAAGAAUCCUGGAAACACGAGAUCUCAUGCAUGGACUCCGGGUGGGUUAACGGGAACCAGCUGCUCGUAAAGACAAAUAGUUUCUCAGGAACAGAGUAGGAAUUUCAGACUUCCCCAAAAUACCAUUAAACCCCCAAUAUUUCGAGUGAUUCACAAUAUUGCGACAGAAACUUGGCACACAGGUAGUUAAAAGGCUAGGAAAGGUCAACUCUAGGGAAUAAAUAAAAAUGGGUUGGUGAACGAUGCUUAAUUAUUGCGUAAUUUGGCAAAAGCGUUGCAAGGGCUCAAGUAUCUGUAUUAACUACUUUUGGUCCCAAUUCCCAACGGAUGAAAGCAAAUCAAUGUCGUCCUCAACAAAUUUCAUUUAUGAGCAAACUCUAGGGAGCGAAGUCAAAACUUUUUUAUCGGGAGAAUAAAAUUCUGAUUUCAGAAACCAUUUUUUAGAAGUAUGAGACACAAGACGUUGUUAACAUGAGGUGUGCUUCGAAAAAUAAAAAGACUGCUGCUAUUUCGUUUAGGAAUUGCGGCUUAUUUGAUUGCUACGGUCUUUUGAAACUACUGGUUGGUCCUCUUCGUUAUUAUGGAAUGUAUUAAAUUACCAUGGGGACAUGAGUGAACACAGAACUGAUAUCCAUUAGAAACACUAUAUCAAAAUACUCAUAGAAAGAACAAAACAAAACAAAACAAAGCAAAACACCCGCCAAUAUAUUAAAAUCAAAAUUCUACCUGCAUACUGCACUGCUUAAAAAAAGAUCUUUUUGGCAUUAUAUGAUUAUUUAAAAAAAAAAAAAAUUUCAUUUUGUUCCAUUUCCUUGAAUCCUGAACUAAAACUGGGAAAAAAGAAAAAAUACUGCGUAGAAAGAUUGACUUGUUUACAGACUCGUAAUGUCUCUAUACAACGAAAACAAUGAAAAAAAAAACACCAAAAAAACAAAACAAAAAGCAAAAAAACGAAUGAAUAAAAUAAUAAAAUAUUGAACCAUUCCAACCAGCACGUUAUCCAGAGUAAUCAGGAAAACAUUACCCAAAGAAAGUUAUAUAAUUCCAUAAAACAUCGAUCAGCUAAUUUUAUUUUCUUUAAUUCUGAACUAAAAAAGGGAAAAAAGAUAAAAUAACGAUUUACUUAUUUACAGACUCGUGACAACAAAUGAUGAAGAUGAAGAUUUUUGAAUAAUCUCCUCGAUUUCAACUCGAGGAUUAUUCAACGCAAUUCACUGAGACUGCGAAUUGUAAUUGUUAAAUAAUAGAUGGGCAUAAAUCAUUUGGCACUACAAGCUAUUUUGACGUGUGCCUGAAACUAGACAACGAUAAAUGGAAACGCUCACACAUUGUUAUGAGGGUGUAUCACGACAUACCUUUAUAAGAUUGAAUAGCCCUACAGGGGGAAAAAUUCGAAAUGAAAAGAUGAUUUCUCCCAUAUUCCUGGUAAGUCCAGGAUUAUAUUUUUUCCCACGUGAAAAAGAAGUAUUUGCUUAGACUGUCUCCCUAGAACAAGAUCAAAAUUGACCCCAAUAACAAAUCCUCUGUUUACUAUUCUGAAAUGCGUGAGAAAGCUUAAAUGUGUCGUGCCAUUCAGGAAAAAACAUAACACAUCUUUAUUCAUCUUUUUUUUCUGCUUAACAAAAACAUUUACGUCAUUAAAAAUUAAAGAAUAUUUCCUUGGUCAUAAAGCGUUGGUGCUACCAUGUCGACACAGAGUCUUACAUGUAUUCAUGCACGGUUGGGUGAUUAACCUUUGUCAGAGAUGAUACAGCCAUUAAAGACGCGGUUUCUCAGGUAUGAGCGAAUGGAGCUUCUGUACAGGCGAAAUGUCUAGAAUGAAGCUUUUCCUGUAUCUGUUUGCUCUAUUAGGAGGUUGCUCUCACAUCCUUGCGACUGCAAACCAAGGUAGGUACAGUUCGUUAUUUCUGAAAGGUAAAUAAUAAUUAUAAUAAAAUACAUUGUUUGAUUGUUUUUACAUUUGAGGUUUCAAAAAUUACUGUAAGGUAAUAGUAGUCGACCUCAGUUUUUCCGAUGUCUCAGUCAUAAAACUUCACAAGCUAUAUUCCUGUGUUACUCUCAAAAUACAAAUCACACAGUUUCUUGCUGUCUUUCGUUUAUUUUUUUGUUUUUUUUUUCCCUGAGAGGCUUGAUUUCAUCAUCAUUAACAAAAAAAUCUUUCAUGUGAAAAGCCUAGCUGGCAGGAUCGUGAUAACCAAACCUCACACGAUGGUUAAAAAAAAAAAUUUUUAACAUUUUUGUUAAACAAAGUCUAGCCUCUGAGUUGUAUUCUAUUCCAAUACAGACGUGCACAAAAGGUAAAAGAAGGAGACUCUGUAAGGAGUAUAUAUUUAAUUUUUUUUUUUAACUCUUUUCACUCUCAAUAUUUUGAUUUUUUUGAAACCUUUAUCUUUUAAGGCAAAUAAAAAACUUCAGGCGUAUAAUAGAUGAAAACGUUUACUUAAAAAACUUAAUUUGGAAAUAUUCGUGUCCUCUUGGUGUUUCCAACAGGAAGCCUGGGACAGGUUCUCUUCGAGCUUUCAUCUACGCUUCACUUGCUAAAGCUGGGUUAUGUCGAGGUUGUAAAGCUUAUUGAAAGGACCUGUUUUAAAAUUUUCAGAAAUCUGCAGACUGAAACUAGACAACGAUUUUCAGAACCAAGCCGUGGCUUUGCUUUGGUGGGUCAUGUCUUUGCCAAUAUUACGUUAUUUAUUGGACCACACAUAAAUAACCACUGCAGAAAUCGAUGUAUCAUGGAGCAGAAAUGUCGAUCAAUCAACAUAGGUCAAGUAAGGAAAGACAAAGUCCUGUGUCAGCUGAGUGACUCGGACCAAUUAAAACAUCCGAACGAUAUAAAACCUAUGGAUGACUUUUUAUACUUGGGUAUUGAGGUAAGAAGUCUUACCCAGUCGCUCACAAAUCUAAAACAAAUGUCGACUUCAGAAUAUUGUAGGAUUUAACAUCAAAUUCGUAUUUUUAAAAAAACGACGUGAAACAUAUGUCAAAACGUGCAAAGAGAUGAUGUUUAGAAAUUGGAGAGGCAAACCAAAACAAAAUAAAGCUGAAAGACUAAACACCUAACAUACAUUACUCCCCCGCGUAGAUGUUUUUCCUGAGGAUUAACGUUAGUUGAAUAUUCCUUCGGAAAUUAUUUGAAUCUUUUGUUGUUUACUUAAUAGACGCCUCCUGUGCACGUGAUAGAAAUGGAUUCAAUAUCAAAUUCGUAUUUUUAAAAAAACGACGUGAUGUUUAGAAAUUGGAGAGGCAAACCAAAACAAAAUAAAGCUGAAAGACUAAAUACCUAACAUACAUUACUCCCCCGCGUAGAUGUUUUUCCUGAGGAUUAACGUUAGUUGAAUAUUCCUUCGGAAAUUAUUUCAAUCUUUUGAUGGAUAAUUAAUAGACGCCUCCUGUGCACGUGAUAGAAAUACAAGUCUCGAUUGGAAACGAUCCAAACAGUUAGUUUAGAGGCAUUUGUUAUAUUCAAUAAAUAUAUAUAUAGAAUAACACAUGGGCGCACAUAGAUAUGGAAUUUCUUUUCUGGUAUUUAUCUCGAUAGAAUAAACGCUAUAACUAUACAAAGUUCCGUCUCACAACUUACGUCAUAUUUCUCAUGGAAAUUAACAAAGAAAAAAAAUUGAAAAAAAGGAAAACAUACGAUGCAAGUGUAGCUAAGACCCUGUUCAAACGUCGAACUUUUCAUGUACCGAACCUAAAGUUGCUAUUAAGUAAAUGAAAAGUACGACGUACGAAUCAAUUAGGAUCGGCAGAUUUGUAUUCGGGUCGACAGUACCGUUCUAUCCGACCAGGCUUGUCGGAUAAAACGGUAAAAGAUCGUACUGAAUCUAAUGCAUACAUUAUAUAUAUAUAUAUAUUAAUCUAAUCUGAAUCUAAUGCAUACAUUAUAUAUAUAUAUAUUAAAUAAAUUAUAUUUUACCCACAAUUCAGAACGUUUCGUAUACAUGCCAUGCGCAAAAGCGUUCGAACAAUAUGGCGGGAAAGGGAGAAAAGUUUGUGCUCAUCUUGUUUUAAAACAACAAAGUAUACAUGUCUAACGUGUAAGGAGUACUUUUGCACUAUAUGCUGUGUCUUUGAAAACGACGAAAAUGUUGUGGGCUGGAAGCAGGAAAGGUCAGUAGCCUGGUCAGAAACUGGAGAAAGAGAUGAUUUCAGGCGAUCAAACUAAUGAUCAAUCAAACAGCAAACGUCGAAAUACAUCAACCACGGAGGUAAAACCCAAAAGGUAAGCUUUAGUAAGAACUGUUACGACCGUGCAGCACAAGCUCGAUUGAAAGAUUACGGAAGCGAAUCCAUUCGACCAACAGAAAAGAAAGUGUGGGGAAUGAUUGUUUCAUGUGUAUAAUAUUUUUAAAUGCUAUCAAUUGAGGGUAAAUUGUGUGAAUCCCUGGCCUUCACUAUACCGUAGAUUAUCAUAUCUUUCACUGUUGAGUUUGCCAACACUGUUGUUCAGAUUGUGUCUUUUACACAAAAAAGGGCCGCGUUGUUUGAAGCACGAUUAGUUCAUAUUUUCUGCUCGGCCAGUUUUGAUUUUGACUGAUUUCAGACUCCACGAAAUAUUAUUAAAAAAUAUAUUUAACCUGUAAUCGACUUAAAAUCACCAGUUUAUGUUUCAGUCAAUUAUGUUUCAAGCACCCAAUCUCAAACUCCACGAAACAUGAAUAAGAAAAACACUUUUAUACAAAAUUUAUUUGACCUGUAAUCGACUUUAUGUUGCAAGCAUCCAUGAACCUCUCGGGGCGUUCGACUUGAGAAUAAUUUUAGUCGAAUUCCGAAGAUGUGGGUAGUUUACAUAGUCCAAUGCUUCAUUGCUGAGGGCUUCACAGAAAGUUAAAUUUCACCAUCAUUUUCAGAUUUAAAAGACAAAAGUGUUGCAAAAGGGUUGGGAAAGGGAGAGGGGCGUUCUUUGAAUUGACUGAUACAUUAUUGUUAAUCGGCUUUUGAAAUACCUGGCCCUGGGCUUUAAACAUGUGUUGACUCUGUACUCUCCUCUUCCUCUGUGAAAAUAGUUUUCAUUAAAUACAAAGCUUUGCCUUAGUAUACACGAAUUAAAGUCAUUUCAAUUAAUGUUAUCUCAAAGAGAAAAUGGCCGCUAUGAUACCAAUCAAGCCACACCAUCAUCUUGGCGCAUACCAUUCAGGGAGACAGGGUAUUACCCAAACUGGAAUAGGGGCUUUGGAACAGGCCCACCAUGUCAACUUAGAAUGCCAGAUGGGUCUUAUGGGACAGCUUUACCAGCUAUUGAUAUCAAAUAUUGAUUUGAGUUAAUGAAUGUUAGAUUUCAAUGAUUUAAAUAAAAUAUAAGUAUUAGUUUUGAAACUUAAAAUGAAAGAGAAGGGCAGAUAAAGACAAAAAUUAAGAUUAGUUAUAGUUUCAGUUUCCAUUUAAAUUCGUUCUGGUCCGAUCAGUAUGUUAAAAAAGUUAUUAGUGUAAGCUUUUGAAGUACAAUAGUAAUAUACAUAUGGAUUUCUACUGGUAGAUUAUUAUCAUCAUGGUCCAUCAGACAACAUUUCAUACUGGUUUCAUACUUGAUUAUAUUUCUAAAUAUUGACACAUUGAAAUUUUGAUAAUAAUUUCAAGAAAAUAUGAGAAAUUGUUUUGAAAAAUUUAAAUGAAAUAGAAGUGGAGAUAAAGACAAAGAUUUAGAUUAUUUAUAGUUUCAAUUUGCAUUGAAAUUCGUUCUGGUCCGAUCAGUAUAUUAGAAAAAUUAUCAGUUUAAUCUUUUAAAGUGCAUCCCUUACACUUGGCCAAUCACACAUUUCCAAUAACUUCUUGAUUUCUUCCCGAUCUCUAUUCUCAGAAUUGCCCAGGUCCAAUUGCUUGGAAAUUACAUCACCUUGCAUGAUACAAAUAUUGUGAAGGACCAUGCAUGACAGGUUGUAAUAAAGACUUGGUCUCGAUCGCUCUCACUCUUGCGUAGAAGUACCCUCCAUGUACCUUUCAAAGUCAAAGAGGCAAUUCAUAUAAGACUUCACCCUGACAACAUCAACAGGGAUAGUGGAAUAGAAAUUCCAGGAGCUUGGAUGUCUCCGAUCAAAAAACAUAACAACAGGAGAGCAAUGCGACAGCGGACCGCCGAGGGAGGAAAUCGCUGAGUUAAACAGCAAGGAUCGAAAUUCACCAAUCAGAGCUGUUGAAAAAAAACUAAGCACAGCAGAGUAUUAUACUUUAAUAUCAUGCAUGACCAGUCGACCUCAUCGCCUGAUGAAGACUAGCAGUAUGCAGUCGAAACGUCGCGAUAUACAUCACACGUGAUUACAUCGUAAGACAAACGAAAAACUUAGUUUUUAUUGGUAGUGAUGUUGUUGCCUUGAUUGGAAAUCAAUAAUAAACGAAGGAAUCACACAUGUAAAAUUUGUCUUUUCGAGAAACAAGGUGGGUUCGGUACAGAAGAGUUCGACGUUUGAACCGGGCCUAACGUAAAGUAUCCUUGGUUUGUAUCCAUACAUAUCAGUAAUGAUCUAUUACUAAUAGUUAAACAUGUUGUUUUAAUCCAGAGAGUUCAACGUUUGUGAUAUGGUUUGAAACAAUGAUCUAAGAAAUCCUAAGCUGACUAACAUAGCUGGUGAAAAUUUUCAACUAGCCUCGUUCAGCCAGAGUAUUUCAAAAUAUUAGAGGCUGGCACAGCUCAAGAGAAAAUCAGCUCCUGGCGGUUUUUCCAAAUCAGCAACGUUGUAAUAAGAUAUUAAUGCCUUAAAGAGACGGUUUUUCCUCUAUCAAACCUUAUUUCCAAGUUUGAAACACAAUAUUUUGCCUCGAACCAUGACAGACAAGAUGUUUUUACUCUAAGUGGUUAUUUAUUCAUUCGCGUAAAUCCAGAUUAAACAAAGAACAAAGGAACGUAACACUUAACUUACAAAAACUAAGAAGAGUAAAGGCGAAAACGACAACAAAAAUGCCAAAAGAGAAAAGAAAAACAAAAAAAGACAAAAACGGAAACAGAAGAAAGACAUUGCAUCGACCUUACACAGUUCAAAGACCAAUUAUUACUCGGUUAUAUAAAAUGAAUGCUUUCUAAAAGAAAAAAAAGUAGCAGUCUUAUCUAUAUUUUUCCAUUUACGAAUGUUUUCAUUCUGGAAGCAGUUUCGAAAGAUAUCUAAUUUUGAUGAUUGAGAAAUCCGCUGUCUCAGGUUUGAGAUCGGAGGUAUAUCUUAAAGUGGUAGGAGUUUUCAUUCAUUCAUGUAUCCAUGAUUCAAAGCCAGAGCUACCAAUUGGUGGUUCCCCUUGAAAACCAUGUGAUCACCUGAAAAUCAUCCACCCCACUACCCCUUUAGAUAAAUUCUUCUGUCAACUCUGUCUUCCAUUAACUCUUUCACUUUUCUGUACCUGUAUUUAGACAUAGACGAAUGCAUCAACAAUCCUUGCCAUUUAGGAACAUGCAAAAACAGCCCUGGGAGCUACAAAUGCACUUGUCCUCCAGAAUGGGAAGGUGAAGAUUGUCAGAGUAAGCCACAUGAUAAAUUUUUCAUGGAUACCAAUGCGCAACCUAAUGCAUUGUAAUUUGUCUUUGCAAGCUCAGGUAGACUUCAAUGUUUUUGAAAGCGCUGUAAUGAUUGAAUUUGUCCCGUCUAUUGACAAGCUUUCUGUUAAUUGCAUUAAUGCAAUCUGAUUUUGGACGACAGCAUACCUUUGCUACGAGUAUGAUACAAUAGCAUUCAUUAGAAAUGCGGCAUAGUUUAUGCGUACCUCACGCUCGCAAAAAAAAACCUUUCUGCGAAGGAUUCCAUCGAUGUCUUACUGUAGUCAGUCUACAUUCUUUUUUUGAAAAAAAAUAUUGAAAAGAAGAGUGCAAAUAUUCCCUGCCUAAAGCGGAUUGAAAUGCAAAAAAGUAAACUAUACUUUUCUUAAAUCAUUUUCAAAUGCCCUGUAGAGUCAGUUAUUUUACCUACUCAGUUACAAACUUCUGGCUAUCUCGGCAACUCGAAUAGGAACAGUAGAGAAGCGUGGGUCACUUAAAGUUUCUGCUUCGGUUUUAAGUCUUUUUGUUUUUACUUUUAUAGCUUAUCAGCCAUGUCUCAUAUAAAAUACAGCCUUCUGAGCGAGAUUCGAUACGGUGACGUCCGUCAUAUGAUUUUUGACGUACAUUUGAAGACAACUGUCGAAUGUUGAACUUACUCUUAGAAAUUGGAAAAAGGACAUUUAGAUGGGCAUAGAAAGGAAAUUGUAUGUAUGUGACUGCGGAAGGAAACUUGUCUUUCAACUGCUCCACUAAGCCAUUUGUGCAUUGAUUUGAUUUGUUGCAGCAAGAAACUACUGCCACGGGCAUAAAUGUUUAAACGGAGCCACUUGCCAAAAUGGAAAAAAAUAAUUACACCUGUCAGUGCGUCAAGGGGAGCUCUGGAAUGUACUGUGAAACUGGUCAGUGAUAGCUAGAACACAUGUGUUGCAUAGUGUAUGAUGUAUGAAGUUUACCACAUAGCGAAAAUCACGAAAAGAAGUUUUUAUUUUUGAAAUAUUUUCAUUAUUUUUAUUGUAGUUAAUUGACAGAGGAAAUGACGAAUAUAAAUAAAGUUAUCAUAUCAUAUCGAACACGUCUUCAUAGAAGAUUUCAAAGAAUGAUAAGAAUGAUACAAGCACCAAUUGUAAUAAUUUAUUCAACUUUCCAAACACCCCACAAUCUAAGUUAUAAUCUAAAUAAUAUAAAUAACCUGGAAUUGUAAUGAUAUCCACCACAACUUCCCAACCACCCCAAGGAAACAUGAAAUGGUUCUUCCCUAUCCAGAUUGAUCCAUAAUGACAGUUAUCGAGAUUUUUGUUGAGCAACCCGCAACCCUUAGAUUUUUUAAAUAAAUAUAUCUAAAAUUAUCCCUCCACAUGAAAUCUUGAUAAUAUAAUCAUCGAAUUAUCUUUGAGAACAGUCAAUUUUUAUCGCCCGGAGGUGGGGGGAAGGGGGGUUAAGGAAUCUUUGGGGGGGAAGAUACAUGGUUUUCAAGGGAUAUCAGUCGUCGCCAACAGAGUAUAUGGCGGGGGGGGUGUCAUAGUAAUACUGCGAAUCAAUUAUGGAGGGAUCAGGUAAGUUUUGUCGUGAGGGAACCAAAAUUCUCCCACCCCACCCCUCUUCUGGCUGACUAAUGGCGAUAAAUAAUGGUCGCAGGAGAUAAUUUAUUUUCUCCUACCGUUCCCUAAUUCAGAUGUAGUGGACGAAUGCUCCAGCAACCCAUGCAUAAAAGGGACGUGUCAAGAUCUGAUUGGACAUUACAGCUGUGUCUGUCCCUUUGACCAAACGGGAGGCAGAUGUAGACGUAAGACAUACUCCAGGAUAAUAUAGUACCAUCGACUGAGUUAAUAACAUAAAUAUAUAUCAAUAACGCGUCCAAACCAGUCAUUAAAUACUUUCAUCUCCCUAAUCAUUCUAAGAAGCUUAUGGCAAUUUGCGACCUUUCCCUACAUCUUGGCAGUUCGGAGAGCCGCAAAACUCUAGAAGAAAAAUUUAUCCUUCACAUCAACACUCUCAAUCUCCACGGUAUCAACGAGCGAAUAUAUAUAUAUAUAUAUAUUUUAAGAGGAAAAAGGACGCAAAAGGGAAAAUGUAGUUGCGUCCUUUUUUCCUCUUAAAAUAUUUAUUCCGCUCUGCUUCAACGUAUUGAGCACUGUUCCACGCGAAAAUCGACUUGCAGACUCCUAUAUUAUAUAUAUAUAUAUAUAUAUAUAUAUAUAUAUAUAUAUAUAUGUAUGUAUGUAUGUAUGUAUGUAUGUAUGUAUGUAUGUAUGUAUGAAAAUGGGAGGACCUAUCCUGAAUUGACGGCUUGACGGAAAGUGACACUGUUUGAAGUGAGAUAAAAAAUACAGAGUGAUAUUUGUUAGACCAUUCUGAAGCCCCUCAUAAUGCCUUGCUGUCAUUUGAUUAAAUAACGGUAAAGAGGAAUGGUGAUGGGGUUUAUGCUGAACGACUACGAUGGACUUCAUGUGACUACUUAACCUCUUUUCAAUUUCUGAAAAAUUGUCUCGUGCCACCUUAAAGCGCAAAAUUGGUUACAACAAAAAACCGACCAGUAUUAAUCUAGAAUUAGAGGUUAAGCUGGGUUUGUGUCUUGUACCAGGGUGGAGACCUCGUAAGUAGUGUUUUCAGGCAAAACUGAAGGUAAGAACUGCCCACAGAUGAACAUGGCUAAAUGAAAUGGUUAAACUAACCCAGGGCCAAAUUAUCUGUGCAAACCAGGUAAAAUGUAAAGAGAUGAAAGUACGUUUAUGCUUGCAUAGAUCCUAUCAACGACUGCUUCGACAACCCUAUUGGUGUUGCCAAUCCCAACGUGAUCUCUAAUCAGCAGAUGAGAGCGUCUUCCCACUUAGAUGAAUCUCAUCAGGCCUCUCAUGGUCGGCUAAACGGGACAGGUUGGUGUGCGGGAAAUGCUAGCUCCCAGGACUGGCUUCAGAUUGAUUUCAAUCGAACAAUCGAUGUUUGUGCUGUUGCAACACAAGGAGGUGCAAACGGCUGGAUGACCAAAUUCAGGCUGUUAUUCUCAAAUAAUGGAAGACAGUGGGUACCUUACAAACAAGAAGAUGGCUCGAUUAUGGUAUUGUGAUUUAAUGACUGAGUGGAUUGUAAAGAGCUCUAGAAAAGAAAAAAAUUAUCAUGAGUAUGAUUAUUCUGGCUGGCGGCUGCAUAACUGGUCACUUCACUAGAAAGUUUAUGACAAAAGAUACUAUAAAAAGUAAUAAAUGAUCCUACCAGCCUGUAGGACUCAUGGCAUAUAAGAACCUCGCUAUGACCUGAAUCCUCGUAAGAGUUUCCAUUUCUGUUACUUGGUUAAGAGGGUAUGACCAAAUCCUUCUAUGAGAGCCAUUCUGAUGAACACCGAUUUGCCAUGAUGACGUACUUGGUGUUGCAGUCAAUUCAACUUCACUGUCUGAAUAGACUCAUACAUAUAUAACCUCUCUUUCCUCUCAAAUUUUACAGUAUAGCAAUAAAAAUUAGCUAAUACCUUCAAGAAAUGAAAGUGUUAACCAAAUAAAGACAAUGAUCGUUUAUAAAAAUAUUAAUGAAUAAUCACUCAUCACUUUCAUUUAAUCUUUCCUUUUGUUCCGAAGCAUUUUGACAGGUCGGGCAAAAAUGUUACAAUUGACCAACACAAGCUUCCAAAGACAAUGUCUGCUAGGCAUGUUCGCUUUAUUCCAAAUUUGCAGCAUGUCUGGAAUUGUCUAAAAGUGGAGGUUUAUGGAUUUGAUGGUAAGUAUGUCAUCUUCUUGACAUUUUCAAUGACGUAGAAGUACUAGUUUUAAUAGUAGUCAUAGUGGUAGUAGUAGUAGUUGUAAUUGUAGUGUGCUAGUAGUUGCAGUAUUAAUAGUUGUAGUGGUAAAAUUCAAAUAAGUUGUAUCAGACGCAGCAGUAGUAGUGAUAGUAGUAUUCUCAUCUUACCCACCGUCAACUUCAGUCAGGUUUGAGACAAAAGUAAACAAUACACAAUAAAAAUCCUUAAAAUCUGAUUGCUUUAUUGUUUUCUAUUAAUGCUGUGCAUUUGAAUACUGACCUAGUAAUUUUGCAAAAGUCUCUUAAAUUCAUUUGGAGAUUCUAUCGCCCAACUUGUGACACAUUUCAGAGAACAGAACAGCUAUAGCCAAAUCUGUUGGGGAGAUAGUUGCAAUAACCUUUUGUUUAUAGAAUCUUGGAAAGUUUUAGAGAAGUAUUCUAUCGAUUUAAAAUUUUGAAAAGUUUUGCACUCAGAUGCGAGGCCGUUUAUGGCACCUCUCCGUUUAGUGGUUGAUAAAUAAGGUAAAUUGGCAAACAUUAAGGAUUGAAUGAAAUUGAAUGAAAACAUUAUUCUGACCGCGCCUGUUGGAGAUAAGAUUGGUUAAAGCCAAUUCGGCAUUUGACGUCUUGUUGGCUAUUUACCAUCUCAUAUCCAACGCACGCCUAUGGAAUAAUUGUUACUUAACGCAUAUACCCUGCUAUAAAGCACGUCCAUGAAAUAAUUGUUAUUUAAUCCAUAGACCCUUGCUAUAAUCAUGAUGUGCUAAAUCAGGCGAAAAGGAAGAAAACCUUCGAGGGUGCUGGCGGCCAAUGUGACCGAGAAAUUUUACCUUCUGUAAAAAAAUGGUUCCGUUUUGUCGAACCAGCUGGUACUCAAAUGCCAACAGCCUGUGUUCCUCUAUCUCACUGCAAUGCUAAAAGACCCGGAUGGUUGGAUGGACAUCACCCUAAUGUGACGCAAGGUGUAGUAAACAUGAGGGUUUGCUUUACUUCUGAGAACGACUGCUGUGGUGAUCAGAAAUUUAUAUCGGUCAAGAAUUGUGGCGACUUUUUUGCAUAUGGACUGGUAAAACCAAGGAGUUGUGGACGAUAUUGCGGAGAAUAAACAUUCGCUGUGCUUUAGCAGCAAAAGAAAGAAAACGAGACGGGGGAAGGGUGGCAAAAUGUACUGUGAAGGGGGGGAGCAUGCUCCCAAAAGGAGGGUCUCAAUAGGGUGGUGGCUUUUUCUGCUAACGGCCAUUUUACUGCAAAUAGAUCACUUAACACGGUUCUCUUUUCUUACAAGUAAUGGUUAACAUUUGUGUACUUGUACGCCAAGCGGCUUAAUUUUCCCAGUUUACGGCUCACGUUUAAUCCCAUUGAGGCCGCCUUAGAAGGUAUUGCGCCGCCUUCUUCGUCAAAACAUUUUCGCACAAUUAUGACACUGCACGUCUUUUAAGCUUCGCAAAAAAUUUUUACCUUGAUAAGGUUUGCUUUCUAAAAAGUGGCAAAAAAUUUAGUAUUGUUCGCCGCCAUUUUGAACCUUGCUUAGCAACAUGACCGCCUACCAAUAAUAGUUUCUUGUAACAGGGUGUUACGUUCUAUUUCAUUCUAUGAAAGAACUUUAAAAAAACAAACAAACAAACAAGCAAUGAAUGAAUAAGUUGAUUUACUAAUGUAGUUCAUGUCCCGAUAGUUACAACCAAAUAAUUGAAUUGUUUUCAAAUUGGUGGCUUCGGGGUGUCGAACUUUGGUGCUUUUGAAGACAAAUUUCGAAAGGGUGUGUCAUAUGCAAUAAAUUUACGACAGCCUAUAGGUAGAUUUUAUCAUAUAAUUCUAAACACAAAGACAAUCCGAUUGAAAUAAAGCUUUCUUGAAAAGAGUUACCUUUAUGACAUUUAGAUCGAUGCUUUUGAUGUAAAAUGUUUUGACUAUUCUUGGGUUAAUAAAGCGCUUCGUAGCGUUAGACUCAGUCUUUCAUUCGCACUUGGUGAGCUCAUGUUGUAGAGCGCUGGACUCCCGUGCGGAAGGUUGAGGGUUCAAGCCCCAGACCGGACUAACAUUCAUGGUCUUGAAAUAACUGAGGAGAACUUUUAGUCUUUGUUAGAACCAUUUAGAAAUGGUAAGACACUCUAGCCUUCUCGGAGAGGACGAUGAACCUUUAGCCGUCCCUAAGGACGAUAAACCUUUGACCCCGUUCCCUUAACCUUAACCCUUUGUACUUGUUGAAGGGUGCACUUCUCGCAGAGAGUAGGAAACGUAGUUCUUAGUGUCAGCUCCCACUCCCAUUUAAACUAGCUCUAAAGCAGAACAGAACCAGCCUGUUUAAAUGUCGCAAUAAAUCACCAAUUAUUUUUUUAAAAAUUGACCAUUCCACCGCGGACGUCAGAGCCUCUGUUCAAUGUUGGAGAGAGAAAUUUCUCAAAAAAAGAAACCUAAUUCAUUACAACUCUAUGAAAAUGUGUCAAUAGGCAUAAACAAUUGUAAACGUAAACGUGCUCGGUCGUAACGCUUGCGCGCUUGCGUGACUUACAAAGUAAGGAAAGGGUCGGAAAGCGCCUUCUCGAUAAUUUUCGUUGAAAUGUAACGUCAUGAACAACGCACAGUGUGGAAAAGAUCAAAAUUAAAGAAUAAAAUUUGGCACUCUGGUUAUUAUAGACGUAUUGCAUGGCUUAAAAAAGGACACGCAAACAAGUUAAAAUACAUCACAGUAUUAUUUACGAAACAACGCGCAGCACUCAGAAAGAAUUCUUGAAGUUUCUCCCGAGAUUUAGCGCACGGAACGCGAUGAAAUAGCCUUCCUUUCUGCAAAUUUGCUUCCAUCGUUAAUGAUUUUACGCUUUCAUGGACCAAAACUCUAUUGAACGACAAACUCGACAUUUCCCUGCGACCAUCAAACCCAGCGUGAUGCAUUGCGUGACGUAAUUAUGCUAAUUUUUUCAUGUCAUAUGAUCUGUUUCGCGGGUUAUUUUAAGUGAACCCAAAUUUAGCUGAUAUAGCGAAUUAGAAUAAAAAGUCAUCAUCUUUUAUAAUGUUUACUUGAUUCACGGAAAGCAAAGAUUGUAAUCGCUGCGGGUAUUUCAGCCCUGAAUUCUCUCCUGGACUGCCGAGUGACGUAUGGAGUCAUUUGAACUAUAAGAAGCUAUUCAGCGAAAUCCUCAAGCACGAGUUAAUCUAGUUUCGUUCCGAUCAUUCUAGCCUCGAAACGGAAAUCGUUAUGGUCUAAUUAAACAUCGGAACUCUUUGGUCUUAUUUCAACUACUAGCUCCGUAGUGUUCAUAGCUGCGAGGAUCUCUUAUAUUCGUUUCUUCACCGCAGCGCAUAUAUAUGAUUUUCAUAUAUCUACAAUCAUUAUUCUUUGGGAAACAUUGGAAAUGCGGAGAAAGUACUUGUUGACACCCAGUAACGUGGGAAAAUGUAAAACAGUGAAGAGGGACAGAGUGUUUAACGCCAUUUGUCGUAAAAGCUGCCAGCAGAUUGUUAUUGAACUGACCUUAAUUUACUAUGAAGGUAUUAACUUUCUUUUGUUGCGAACCACGUGUCCUAACCCCUUUUCGUGGGCAAAAAAAAAACUUUUUUUCGACGGGAAGUCGAGGGAACUACUUUGGUUCCAAUUCCUAACGGAUUAAAGCAAUUUCAAUCAGCGUCUUAACAACAACAACAACAUUUAUUUAAACACGAUAAAAAUUACAGCAGAGCUGAUGUGGUCGUCUAUUUCGCACUCAUAUUUCGGAAAUAGCUUCAUAAUGGGAACGGGGAAGAAGUUAUAAAAACAGUCGUGUGCUAACAUGAAUAAUCUAUAUUCGUAUAAACCUUUAACAGUGGGCCACUUGAGAAUAAAAUACGUCUGCAGAAGUGUCAAGUUUGAAGAACCAAGCAAUGGCUUUGCUUUGGUGGGUCAUGUCUUUGUGAAUAUUACGUUAAUCACUAGAGCACACAUGAAUAACCACUGCAAAAAUCAAUGUAUCAUGGAAAAAAGGUGUCGAUCGAUCAACAUAGAAAUACAAGUCUCGAUGGUAAACGAAGCAGUACUAUUGGAGCCAUUCAUUAUACUCGAUUAAAAUGUCAAAAAAAUUCUGAUAUGGUCAUAGUCUUGGCUGGAUGACAAAUGUGAAAAAAAAGUAUAAAAUGAUAAACUUUGACAAAACUUUAGACUCAAAGGUAGAAUGAAAACUAUGAGUAUACAAGGUUCCAUCUAACAACUUAUAUAAUCUUUCUUACGGAAACCAAAAUAGCAAAAGCAAAAAAAGUUAAAAAGGAAAAAUUUAGCUUAGCUACAACGAUAUCAAGUACCCGUGGCUUGCAUCCAAACAUAUCAAUUAUAAUAUAUGACUAAUAGGAAAAUAUGUUGUUUUAAUCCUCAGGAAAAUUGUGAUAUGGCGAUGAAAUGCCAAGCAAGUAAGCUCAAUGACAUAGCUUGGCGACAUUUUUCAAUAAACCUCCUUAGGCCAGUGUAUUUCAGAGUGUGAGAGGCUGGUUCAGGUUAAGGGAAAUCAGUUGCUGGCUGGUUUUCCAAAUCAGCAAUAUUUCAAUCGAUAACAAUGCCUGAGAAAUACAGUUUUUCAUCUUGGACUAUUGUUAAUUUUAAAAAGUGAUGACAGAUUUCUUGUUCCAGCUAACCUGUAACGCAUGAAAACAUUUUUUCUCUCCAGUCAUUAACGUUGGUCAUAGCAGUGAAAGUUACAGCCACAGUGGCAAUAGCAGUAGCAGUAACAGUAGCAUUGGCAGUGGCGGUGGUGAUGGCGUUGGCGGUGACGGUGGUGAUGGUGGUGGUGAUGUUAGUGGUGAUGGCCGUGGCGGAGGCGAUGGAGGUGGCGGUGGCGUUGGUGAUGCCGGUGGUGAUGGUGGUGGUGAUGGCGAUGGCGAUGGCGGUGGCACUGCUUGAGGUGAUAGCGUUGGCGGUGGCACCGGUGGUGGUGAUGGUGGUGGUGAUGAGGGUGGAGAUGGCGGUCGUGAUGGCGGUGACCGUCACCUUUUGCUUCAAGCCUCUCGCUAGAAGCAAAAGGUGAUUAUAAUCGUAUGCCACAAAACUUACUUAAUUUCACUUUUUUUUAUUCUGCACGAUAAUGACGUUCGCUAAUCAAGAUGUUUGUAAUUUAACUUAUUUAAGAAGUGGUUUUUUGGUUAAAUCCCCUUAGUUAUAGGAUGUGAUUUGCUCUGGCGCCGUUAAAGAUAAUGUUUUCUUAAGUGAUCGUCGUAGAAACGAUCCUUUCGGCUGAAACCUUAAGGAAGAACCUAAGAACGUAUAUCUUAUUUAUAGACCAUUACCCUUUACUUUCCGCUAAUCAAAACGAACAACCUUAUUGGUUGCUUUCACACUCCUCAUUUUUUUACUUAAAACACCUACCAUCCCAUUGCACAGUUCUAGUGCCGGAAAAUACGUAACUUCUGCUCUGACAUAACCUUGACUGCCUCCUAAUUGGUGCUUUCUCUAUCAUGUCUAUAUUAUUAUGGUUCGCACGAAGUAUUAGAAGUUUCUGUAUACUUACUGGCAAAGUAAGAGGGCCAGAUGGAAAACAUCAUCUCUUUUCACUGUUCUUCGUUGAGCAGCACUGCAUAAUACAUAAUACUACAUAAUAUAUACUUUCAAACAGGGGAGAUUAGAAUUUUUAAUCCUAGAUCAGUGUCACCCGCCUUUCGAACAGGUAUGAUCCCUGGGGUUUUGUGUAUCCCAUGAUUUUUUUUUAUUCUUAAGAAUAUUCUCCUUUGAAACUUUUCCUAUAAUUUUUCGCGAAAACGUAAGCAAUAUUCGACUGAAUAUAUAUUUCAUUAAGGCUACGCCGAGAAUCAAUACAGUAAACCUUGAUUUUGCGAAAUCUUACAAGACAGCCGAUCACAUGCGGCCUUACAAGUUUCUCAUUUAUCGCGCGAUAAUUUUUCAUUUUUAAUUUCCAUUUAUCGCGCCAUAUUUUGAUUUUAUUGCGCGAUGUAUCUCAUUUAUCAUCUUUGUUAAUGAUUACUACUUCUCGUUAAGAUAAUGAUGUCAAGGGUUGCAGUUCAACUUUGCACUCUAUCAAUACCACCUGCUGUUGCAGUUGGUGAAAAUCUGAACUGAUAUGUUUCUUACCUCUGAGAAUCAUAAAUGACAGUUUUGUAGUUUUGCGAAUUCUGAUAGAGAUUUUUCAAUGAUGCAAGAUGAAGAAAAGAAUAAAAGAAUCCUGGAAACACGAGAUCUCAUGCAUAGACUCCGGGUGGGUUAACGGGAACCAGCUGCUCGUAAAGACAAAUAGUUUCCCAGGAACAGAGUAGGAAUUUUAGACUUCCCCAAAAUACCAUUAAACUCCAAAUAUUUCGAGUGAUUCACAAUAUUGCGACCGAAACUUAGCACACUGGUAGUUAAAAAGCUAGGAAAGAUCAACCCUAGGGAAUGAAUAAAAAUGGGUUGGUGAACGAUGCUUAAUUAUUGCGUAAUUGGCAAAAGCAUUGCAAGGGCUCAAGUAUCUGUAUUAACUACUUUUGGUCCCAAUUCCCAACGGAUGAAAGCAAAUCAACGUCUUCCUCAGCAAAUUUCAUUUAUGAGCAAACUCUAGGGAGCGAAGUCAAAACUUUUUUAUCGGGAGAAUAAAAUUCUGAUAUCCGAAACCGUUUUUUAGAAGUAUGAGACACAAGACGUUGUUAACAUGAGGUGUACUUCGAAGAAUAAAAAGACUGCUGCUAUUAGCACCAGUUUAUUUCGUUUAAGAAUUGCGGCUUAUUUGAUUGCUACGGUCUUUUGAAACUACCGGUUGGUCCUCUUCGUUAAUAUGGAAUGUAUUAAUGAGUGAACACGGAACUGAUAUCCAUAAGAAACACUAUAUCAAAAUACUCAUAGAAAGAACAAAACAAAACAAAGCAAAACACCCGCAAAUAUAUUCAAAUCAAAAUUCUACCUGCAUACUGCACUGUUAAAAAAAAAGAUCUUUUUGGCAUUAUAUGAUUAUGUAAAAGAAAAGAUUUCAUUUUGUUCCAUUUCUUUGAAUCCUGAACUAAAACUGGGAAAAAGAAAAAAAUACUGCGUAGAAAAAGAUUGACUUGUUUACAGACUCGUAAUGUCUCUAUACAACGAAAACAAUGAAAAAGAAAAAACACCAAAAAAACAAAUGAAUAAAAUAAUAAAAUAUUGAACCAUUCCAACCAGCACGUUAUCCAGAGUAAUCAGGAAAACAUUACCCAAAGGAAGUUAUAUAAUUAUGUAAAACAUCUAUCAGCUAAUUUUAUUUUCUCUUAUUCUGAACUAAGAAAGGGAAAAAAGAUAAAAUAACGAUUCACUUAUUUACAGACUCGUGACAACAAAUGAUGAAGAUGAAGAUUUUUGAAUAAUCUCCUCGAUUUCAACUCGAGGAUUAUUCAACGCAAUUCACUGAGACUGAGACUUGUAAUUGUUAAAUAAUAGAUGGGCAUAAAUCAUUUGUCACUACAAGCUACGUGUGCCUGAAAUUAGACAACGAUGAAUGUAAACGCUCACACAUUGUUAUGAGGGUGUAUCACGACAUACCCUUAUAAGAUUCAACAGCCCUGCAGGGGGAAAAAUUCGAAAUGAAAAGAUGAUUUCUCCCUUUUUCCUGGUAAGUCCAGGAUUACAUUUUUCCCACGUGAAAAAGAAGCAUUUGCUUAGACUGUCUCCCUAGAACAAGAUCAAAAUUGAUCCCAAUAACAACUCCUCUGUUUACUAUUCUGAAAUGCUUGAGAAAGCUUAAAUGUGUCGUGCCAUUCAGGAAAAAAACGUAACACAUCUUUAUUCAUCUUUUUUCUCUGCUUAACAAAAACAUUUACAUCAUUAAAAAUUAAAGAAUAUUUCCUUGGUCAUAAAGCGUUGGUGCUACCAUGUCGACACAGAGUCUUACAUGAAUUCAUGCACGGUUAGGUGAUGAACGUUUGUCAGAGAUGAUACAGCCAUUGAAAACGCGGUUUCUCAGGUAUGAGCGAAUGGAGCUUCUGUACAGGUGGAAUGUCUAGAAUGAAGCUUUUUCUGUUGGCCCUAUUAGGAGGUUGCUCUCACAUCCCUGCGACUUACCCGUGACUUGCAUUCAAACAUAUUAAUUAUGAUCUAUGACUAAUGGGUAAAUAUGUUGUUUUAAUCCUCAGGAAAAUUGUGAUAUGGCGAUAAAAUGUGAAGCAGGUAAGCUCAUUAAUAUAGCUUGGCGACAUUUUUCAAUUAACCUCCUCAAGCCAGAGUAUUUCAGAAUGUUAGAGGCUGGCACAGCUCAAGAGAAAAUCAGUUACUGGCUGGUUUUCAAAAUCAGGAACAUUUUCAUCAGACAUCAUGCCGGAGAAAUACACUUUUCAUCUUGGAUUGUUGUUAAUUUUAACAAGUGAUAACAGAUUUCUUGUUCCAGCUAACCUGUAACGCAUAAAAACAUUUUUCUCUCCAGUCAUUAGGGUUGGUAAUGGCAGUGAAAGUUACAGCCGCAGAGACAAUAGCAGUAGCAGUAGCAGUGGCAGUGGCAAUGGCAGUGGCAGUGGCAGUGGCAGUGGCAGUGGCAGUGGCAGUGGCAGUGGCAAUAGCACUGGCAGUGGCAAAAGCAGUGGCAGCGAUAGUAGCACUGGUAGUGGUAGUGACAGUGGGAGUGACAGUGAAAGUGACAAAAACAGUAUCAGUGGCAGUAAUAGAAGCAGUAGCAGUAAUAAUAGCAGUGGCUUUGGCAAUGGUGGUGGCGGUGGUGGUGGUGGUGGUGGCAUUAGCAGCAGUAGCUGGGGCGGUGGCGGGGGCGGUGCUUGGGGCGGUGGUUGGGGCAGUGGCGGUGGUUGGGGCGGGGGCGGUUGGGGCAGUGGCAGUGGUUGGGGCGGUGGUUAGGCAGGUGGCGGUGGCGGUGGCGGUGGCGGUGGCGGUGGCGGCGGCGGCGGCGGCGGCGGUGGCGGUGGCGGUGGCGGCGGCGGCGGCGGUGGCGGUGGCGGUGGCGGUGGCGGUGGCAGUGGCAGUGGAAUUC